AUGCGUACUUUUGUGGUUUUAUGUUUGGUCGCGGCUGCUGCUGCCCAGUACGAAUAUGGAGCUCAAACUGGAGGCAAUAUUGUUGGUGUUGGAGCUGAUGAUUUUGCUGCUGCAAUUGGAGGUGCUCAAAACGAUUAUUCUGAGUCUACUCUUGGCGGCGGCGAUUUUGAAAAGGAAUUUUUUACUUUUACCGCUCCUGAGGCUGAGUUUGACGACAACAAUGCCGCAGAGAAAAUCGCCGGCUCCUUGAAGAAGAACUUACGUGUUGUCUUCAUCAAGGGCCCAGAAAAUGCUGGUCUCGAAAAUGCCGCUCUCCAAUUGGCCAAAUCGGCUGCCCAAGAUCGAACUGCCAUCUAUGUCCUCAACAAACAGGCUGAUAUCGGUGAUCUGGCCAACAAGUUGAACAACUUGAACAAGAAUGCCAACAGCAAACCUGAAGUGCACUUUGUCAAGUAUCGCACAGAUUCCGAUGCUGAGAAUGCCCAACGCACCAUUCAAGCUCAGUAUGAUAGCUUGCCUGGCGCCAGCUCCAGCACAAAUGGUGGUGCUGCUCCUGUUUUGGACUUUUCCUCCAAGUCUUCUGUUCUCGGAUCUGGUUCGUCGAAUACAGCAGCCGCACCCUCCGGCUCAUUCAUUGCACCACAAUCGUCGUAUUUGCCACCUGGCAGACGUUUCUAG